AUGAAGGAAAAAAUCAAUGACUUGGAAAAGCAGGUGGAAAAUUUUAAAACGAAACUCAAUGAGCGGGAAAUCCAAGUAAAAGACAAGGAUGACGCUAUCAAGGCAAGCGAUGAACAAAUUAAGAAUCUAAUUGUCGAAAUAAAUAAACAUUCGUUGGCUAUAAAAGAGGAGAUUCAACAGUUAAAACAGUACAAGGAGCAGCAGCAGAAUCGCACCGUCUCGGGCCUUUAUUACGAUGGCAUUCAGCAGAAGAAAAUUCAAAAUUUACCCCCUUUCGAAGUGUCUUUCGUUUCGCCUUCUUCGGACUGGAUUGUGAUACAAAGACGUAUCGAUGGAAAUGUGAGUUUUGAUCGCGAUUGGGAUGACUAUAAGAAUGGUUUUGGUGACCGAUUUAAAUGGUAUAUAUCAUAA